AUUGCGCACGCGCAACUUUGGCGCAUGCGCGUGGGAUGGAGAGGAGAAAGAUGGCGGCGCCGGGUCUUCCGACGCCGCUGCACGGACACGUGGGCCGAGGCGCCUUCAGCAAUGUGUACGAGCCAGCGGAGGAUACGUUCCUGCUGCUGGACGCGCUGGAGGCGGCAGCGGCCGAGCUCAUGGGAGUGGAAAUAUGCCUUGAAGUAGGGUCAGGGUCUGGAGUGGUGUCUGCAUUCCUAGCCUCUAUGAUAGGCCCUCAGGCCUUGUACAUGUGCACUGAUAUCAACCCCGAGGCAGCAGCAUGUACCCUGGAGACGGCACACUGUAACAAAGUCCACAUUCAGCCUGUGGUUACAGACUUGGUCAAAGGCUUGCUACCAAGAUUGAAGGGAAAAGUUGAUCUUCUGGUGUUUAAUCCCCCCUAUGUAGUGACUCCAUCUGAAGAGGUGGGAAGUCAUGGAGUAGAAGCUGCUUGGGCCGGUGGCAGAAAUGGUCGAGAAGUCAUGAACAGGCUCUUCCCACUGGCUCCAGAUCUUCUGUCACCAGGAGGAUUAUUCUAUUUAGUUACCGUUAAAGAAAAUAAUCCAGAGGAAAUUUUGCAAACAAUGACAACGAAGGGUCUGCAAGGAACUGUUGCACUUUCCAGGCAAGCAGGCCGAGAGACCCUCUCAGUCCUGAAGUUCACCAAGUCCUAACGUGCCUUGUGUGCUGCGUAUUGUACUCAGUAUGCAUACGUUGAUCAUAUAGAUUGUGUUGAAUGUAUAUAUAAAUAUAUGGAGAUAGAAGCUGAAUGUAUUCAGCAUGUUUUGAAACUGAAGUAAUUUCUUGGUUAACAAGUAUAAAACUGUUAGGUUAUAUGAAAAAGGUAGAAGGGUAUAGCAUUCCCUUUUAUCCAGGAGUCAAGUCUAUGGAAAUUUUUACAUAAGUGCAAGUAAAUGCAUAUGUAAUAUAUAUUAUUUGUAUUUUAUAUAUAAAAGCUAAACAUGAGUGACCUGUCCAGCCACUAAACAUGAGUUAGGUCUGUGUACACUGAACCUGAAGGUGUUCAUAAUGUACCAUUGAGUGAAAAAAAGCAAAUUACAAAACAGUAUUAUCCUAUAUGUAUAAUUUUGAAAACCCAACAGAGAGGGCAUGUCCAUAUGUAUAUAUAAGUAAGUCUUAUGGGGAGCCUGGUGGCUCAGUCAGUUGACUGUCGAAUUCUUAAUUUUG